CGUUGAAAAAUUUCGCGUGAAGCCGUGUCGGAAAAUCCUUACGGUGAAAAACACUCUCGCCCACAACGAUGCUGCCGAUGUUGGAGGUGGUGGCGCUGAAUCAUCUUUGUCACAAUCGACGACCCCCGCAAGCCCGCCGGGAAUCCGCGGAACUCCGGCCUCCGAUGGGCAAGGUGGGGCCAAUCUGAGCAAACAAUUGGCCCAACAAUCCCAGAACUUCCUCUCGCUCGGGUCCUGCGUCACGAUGGGAAAUUGCCUCAAAGGAUGCCUUUCGGAGGAGAACCAAGCUCGGCUGAGCGCCAGUGAUAGCCAGUAUGAGAUGCUGGUUGAGGGAACAUUGCCGCGACAAGCGCAAAAACAGCAAUCAAAAGCAAAGGAAAAACCAAAACUCUUCAGCAAAUUUUGGAAAAGAAAAGACGUGGAGUACUCAAGACUGAACAAAUCAAAAAACAACAAUAAUUUUAUAGACCGCGGGAACAGUAGUAAUCAGCGUCGGAAAUCAGGAUCGGAAAUUCAACUGCAGUGCCUCGACGCCCACUCGCUGCUGCUGGUGUCGAAGGACGGGACGGCGCGCCGGAAUGGCUACCACGACCUCAACACGGACAUGACGUCCACGCCGGGCAGCUCGCUUGAUUUGGAGUGGGAGAACGACUACGCGAACGGGUAUCAGGGGGGUGGACCGUGGACCUCAUCCGAGCCUCGGGACGACCCCCAACCGCUGCCCUACCCCAACCCGCUGGACCCGGUGUUCAAGGUCGAGGAGUGGUCCACGCUGAAGCGCAGCAAGGACCGCAUCAACUUUAUCCGCCGCACCGCACUUCCGCGCACACCCGAACAUCCUCUCCAGCACGGGGAGUCCUACUCCGGCGGCGGUGGCCCGGGGACGCCCUCCCUGCGCAGUUACGCCGGCUCGUACGCGUCCUCUUCACACAUAUCAACGCCGGAGGAUUCGCUCGAGUGGGACGUCGACCAGGACCGGCAGGUUUGUCAAUCGGAGAACGAGUCGCUCGAUCUGGAGACGAAGGAGCUGCUGGCGGAGAUCGAACAGCUGAAGAACCGGGUGCUGAACGAGACUGGUGCUAACAUCAAGGAUCUCAAGUUUGACGAGUCGUCCAUCAGCUGAUUUGGCUUGGACCGAGGAGACAGAGAUGGUGCUGAUCGAGAACAGAAAAUCAAACACAUAUAUAUAUCUUUAUAUAGUCGGUUAGAUUAGACUUGUUGAAACACGUUUUAGGAAAAUUAAUAAAAGAGAACAAAUUCCCAAAGUAACUAACCACUAAAUCAAUCGUGUCGGACAAUUUCGUAGAUCGACUAGUGCGUGGGUUGAACAGUUAAGAUCAAAAAAAGAGAUGGUGUAAUUUUUAUAUUUAUUGUGACUUGUAUUUAUUCGCGUUUGUAAAACAAUUCUAAUAAAAGACAGUUUAAUCAAAUAUGGUUAAAAAAAGACAUA